GGUGCUGGGGGCUCCGGGCUCGCGCUCCUCUCCUGUUCUCUCCUCUCCUGUCCUCGCGCUCGCGCUCGCGCUCUCUUUCCCUCUCGGCUGUUGUUCGGUGCUUGGAGCCGGUGGUGGCGGCGGCGGCGGCAGCAGCAGCGGCGGCGGCUGCAGGAGCAGAGCGGACUGCAGGCGCACCGGGGGGCACGCCAACUACACACACACACAGGCAGGCGCUCUGCAAUGAAAGACUAAGCGCAUCCCCCGGAUUCUCCAACAAGACAACAUCUGGAUUUGGUUGCUUCUGGUUCUUGGACUAAACAGCUGGUUUAUCAUCCUUUAAGAAAUUUCUGGACUGAUUGUUUAAAAACUGUGCAUGGCUACUGGAGAUCUUCCAUAUUCUUUAAAGGUAAUUUUGGAGAACUGGACUUUUUACAUGAACUGAGAAAUUAGUGAUUCCUCAGAUUCUGAGAAGUACAUUCACUCAAGACAGAAGAGGCUUCCAACUGAAGAAAAAUAAUUUUUGAGUGAUUAAUUCUGAGGCGGAGCCUUCAAAUCACCGAGAAAAAUGGUGGCCUUGUCAUUAAAGAUUUGUGUCCGCCACUGCAAUGUAGUGAAGACAAUGCAGUUUGAACCAUCCACAGCAGUGUAUGAUGCAUGCCGGGUCAUUCGGGAGCGGGUGCCUGAGGCGCAAACUGGACAAGCUUCUGACUAUGGCUUAUUCCUAUCGGACGAGGAUCCCAGGAAAGGCAUUUGGCUGGAAGCAGGCAGAACGCUGGACUACUACAUGCUGCGUAAUGGGGAUAUUUUGGAAUACAAAAAGAAACAAAGACCUCAGAAAAUACGGAUGCUGGAUGGAUCGGUGAAGACAGUGAUGGUGGAUGAUUCAAAAACUGUUGGGGAAUUACUGGUCACGAUUUGUAGCAGGAUAGGUAUAACCAAUUAUGAAGAAUAUUCAUUAAUUCAAGAAAUAAUUGAAGAGAAGAAAGAGGAAGGAACGGGUACACUCAAAAAAGACAGAACACUACUACGAGAUGAAAAAAAGAUGGAAAAGCUAAAGGCCAAACUUCACACUGAUGACGAUUUAAAUUGGCUAGAUCACAGUCGAACCUUUAGAGAACAAGGAGUGGAUGAAAGUGAAACAUUACUGCUUAGACGGAAAUUCUUUUAUUCAGACCAGAAUGUAGAUUCAAGAGAUCCCGUGCAGCUGAAUUUGCUUUAUGUUCAGGCUCGAGAUGAUAUCCUGAAUGGUUCCCAUCCAGUCUCCUUUGAGAAAGCUUGCGAGUUUGGUGGAUUUCAAGCCCAGAUACAGUUUGGACCUCAUGUAGAACAUAAACAUAAACCUGGGUUCUUAGAUCUAAAGGAAUUUCUUCCCAAAGAAUACAUUAAACAAAGAGGAGCUGAAAAGAGAAUAUUUCAGGAGCACAAGAACUGUGGUGAGAUGUCAGAAAUAGAAGCCAAGGUGAAAUACGUCAAACUCGCGCGUUCUCUCCGGACAUACGGUGUCUCCUUUUUCCUCGUGAAGGAAAAGAUGAAGGGUAAGAAUAAAUUGGUCCCCCGAUUGUUGGGCAUCACUAAGGACUCAGUGAUGCGAGUAGAUGAAAAGACCAAGGAAGUCUUGCAAGAGUGGCCCCUUACUACCGUCAAGCGCUGGGCAGCAUCACCCAAGAGCUUUACUCUGGAUUUUGGGGAGUAUCAGGAAAGUUAUUAUUCUGUACAAACAACUGAAGGAGAACAGAUAUCUCAGCUGAUUGCAGGCUAUAUUGACAUCAUCCUCAAGAAGAAACAAAGUAAAGAUAGAUUUGGAUUAGAGGGAGAUGAGGAGUCAACGAUGUUAGAAGAAUCUGUUUCCCCUAAAAAGUCCACCAUCCUACAGCAGCAGUUCAACCGAACAGGAAAGGUAGAACAUGGCUCUGUGGCAUUGCCAGCUGUCAUGCGCUCUGGUUCCAGUGGACCCGAAACUUUCAACAUUGGCAGUAUGCCCUCCCCUCAGCAGCAGGUCAUGGUUGGCCAGAUGCAUCGAGGACACAUGCCUCCAUUGACUUCGGCCCAGCAGGCUCUGAUGGGAACAAUUAAUACGAGCAUGCAUGCGGUUCAGCAAGCUCAGGCGGACCUCAGUGAAGUUGAUAACCUACCACCUCUCGGGCAAGAUAUGGCCUCUAGGAUGUGGGUUCAGAACAAAGUCGAUGAAUCAAAACAUGAAAUCCACUCUCAGGUUGAUGCUAUCACGGCUGGAACAGCUUCAGUUGUUAACCUCACAGCUGGUGACCCUGCAGACACAGAUUAUACCGCUGUGGGCUGUGCAAUCACAACCAUCUCUUCCAACUUGACGGAAAUGUCCAAGGGUGUGAAGCUCCUGGCAGCCCUCAUGGAUGACGAUGUGGGCAGUGGAGAAGACCUACUGAGAGCUGCUCGGACGUUAGCUGGGGCAGUGUCAGAUUUGUUAAAGGCUGUGCAGCCCAUUUCUGGAGAGCCUCGACAGACUGUGUUGACUGCCGCCGGAAGUAUUGGUCAAGCCAGCGGGGAUCUUUUGAGACAGAUUGGAGAGAAUGAAACAGAUGAGCGAUUCCAAGAUGUGCUAAUGAGUUUAGCCAAAGCCGUCGCUAAUGCUGCUGCCAUGCUGGUGCUGAAAGCGAAGAAUGUUGCCCAGGUGGCGGAGGACACGGUUCUGCAGAACAGAGUAAUCGCCGCAGCUACCCAGUGUGCUCUCUCCACCUCCCAGCUGGUGGCAUGUGCUAAGGUAGUGAGCCCCACCCUCAGCUCCCCUGUAUGCCAGGAACAAUUGAUUGAGGCUGGAAAACUUGUUGACCGUUCAGUGGAAAACUGCGUCCGCGCCUGCCAGGAUGCCACAGAUGAUAGUGAGUUGCUGAAGCAGGUCAGCGCAGCAGCUAGCGUGGUCAGCCAGGCCUUACACGACCUCCUGCAGCAUGUCCGGCAGUUUGCCAGCCGAGGGGAGCCGAUUGGCCGUUAUGACCAGGCAACUGACACCAUCAUGUGUGUUACUGAGAGCAUCUUCAGCUCAAUGGGAGAUGCUGGUGAAAUGGUACGGCAGGCCAGAGUCCUCGCGCAAGCUACCUCAGACCUUGUCAACGCCAUGAGGUCAGAUGCUGAGGCUGAAAUCGACAUGGAGAAUUCCAAAAAGCUUCUGGCAGCUGCAAAACUCCUGGCUGACUCCACUGCCCGCAUGGUCGAAGCUGCAAAGGGUGCUGCUGCUAACCCAGAAAAUGAAGAUCAGCAACAGAGACUCAGGGAAGCUGCAGAAGGGCUCCGGGUUGCAACCAAUGCAGCGGCUCAGAAUGCUAUUAAGAAAAAAAUUGUCAACCGGUUAGAGGUUGCAGCAAAACAGGCUGCAGCUGCUGCUACUCAGACAAUUGCAGCAUCCCAGAACGCGGCUGUUUCCAACAAGAACCCAGCGGCACACCAGCAACUUGUCCAGAGCUGCAAGGCAGUGGCUGAUCACAUCCCUCAGCUGGUCCAGGGGGUAAGGGGAAGCCAGGCUCAAGCAGAAGAUCUCAGUGCUCAGCUAGCUCUCAUCAUUUCUAGCCAGAACUUCCUCCAGCCCGGAAGCAAAAUGGUGGCCUCUGCCAAAGCCGCGGUGCCUACUGUCAGCGACCAGGCUGCAGCUAUGCAGCUGAGCCAGUGUGCCAAGAACCUUGCUACCAGCCUGGCAGAGCUGAGAACUGCCUCUCAAAAAGCACAUGAAGCGUGUGGCCCAAUGGAAAUCGACUCUGCUUUGAACACCGUGCAGACUCUCAAAAAUGAACUGCAGGAUGCCAAAAUGACAGCUGUGGAGAGUCAACUAAAGCCACUCCCUGGAGAAACUCUGGAAAAGUGUGCCCAGGACCUAGGAAGUACCUCCAAAGCUGUCGGGUCCUCAAUGGCCCAGCUGCUGACUUGCGCUGCUCAAGGCAAUGAACACUACACAGGGGUGGCUGCAAGAGAGACAGCACAGGCUUUGAAAACCCUGGCCCAGGCAGCUCGAGGAGUAGCAGCAUCCACCAGUGAUCCUGUGGCAGCUCAUGCUAUGUUGGAUUCAGCCAGAGAUGUGAUGGAGGGCUCAGCCAUGCUCAUUCAAGAAGCUAAGCAGGCCCUGAUUGCCCCUGGAGAUGCAGAAAGUCAACAGAGACUAGCUCAGGUGGCCAAAGCUGUCUCACACUCUUUGAACAACUGUGUGAAUUGCCUCCCGGGACAGAAGGAUGUGGACGUGGCCUUGAAGAGUAUUGGCGAGUCCAGCAAGAAGCUGCUUGUUGAUUCACUACCACCAAGUACAAAGCCUUUCCAGGAAGCCCAAAGUGAAUUGAACCAGGCUGCAGCUGACCUGAACCAGUCAGCAGGGGAAGUAGUCCAUGCCACUCGGGGACAGAGCGGAGAACUAGCGGCUGCCUCUGGAAAAUUCAGUGAUGACUUUGAUGAAUUCCUUGAUGCUGGCAUUGAAAUGGCCGGUCAAGCUCAGACUAAAGAGGACCAGAUCCAAGUGAUAGGUAACCUCAAGAAUAUCUCCAUGGCAUCCAGUAAGCUGUUGCUAGCUGCUAAAUCUCUCUCCGUUGACCCAGGGGCCCCUAAUGCAAAAAAUCUCUUAGCAGCAGCUGCAAGAGCUGUGACAGAAAGCAUUAACCAGCUCAUCACACUGUGUACCCAGCAAGCACCAGGCCAGAAGGAAUGUGACAAUGCCCUCAGGGAACUUGAGACUGUUAAGGGAAUGUUGGAUAAUCCCAAUGAACCUGUUAGUGAUCUCUCCUAUUUUGACUGCAUUGAGAGUGUAAUGGAAAAUUCCAAGGUCCUGGGUGAGUCCAUGGCAGGAAUAUCUCAAAAUGCCAAGACGGGUGACCUUCCUCUGUUUGGAGAAUGCGUGGGAGUUGCAUCCAAGGCCCUCUGUGGCCUCACAGAAGCUGCAGCCCAGGCUGCUUACCUCGUUGGCAUCUCUGAUCCCAACAGCCAGGCUGGCCACCAGGGUCUCGUAGACCACAUCCAGUUUGCCAGGGCUAAUCAGGCAAUCCAGAUGGCUUGUCAGAAUCUGGUGGACCCGGGCAGUAGUCCAUCGCAGGUUUUGUCAGCCGCUACAAUUGUCGCCAAGCACACCUCUGCCUUGUGUAAUGCCUGUCGCAUUGCUUCAUCUAAGACGGCCAACCCAGUGGCCAAGAGGCAUUUUGUUCAGUCGGCAAAGGAGGUCGCCAACAGCACUGCCAACCUGGUGAAAACCAUCAAGGCUCUGGAUGGAGAUUUCUCUGAAGAUAAUCGCACUAAGUGUCGAAUUGCAACUGUGCCCUUGAUUGAAGCGGUUGAAAACCUGACAGCAUUUGCUUCCAACCCUGAGUUCGUCAGCAUUCCAGCCCAGAUCAGCUCUGAGGGAUCUCAGGCACAGGAACCUAUCCUAGUCUCAGCCAAGACCAUGUUGGAGAGUUCAUCUUUGCUGAUCAGGACUGCUCGCUCUUUGGCCAUCAAUCCUAAAGACCCACCCACCUGGUCUGUCCUUGCUGGACAUUCUCAUACUGUGUCAGAUUCAAUCAAGAGCCUCAUCACUUCCAUUAGGGAUAAGGCUCCAGGCCAGAGAGAGUGUGACUAUUCCAUUGAUGGCAUCAAUAGGUGUAUCCGAGAUAUUGAGCAGGCCUCUCUGGCUGCUGUCAGCCAGAACUUAGCCACAAGGGAUGACAUCUCCAUAGAGGCUUUGCAGGAGCAGUUGACGUCAGUGGUCCAGGAAAUUGGCCACCUCAUUGACCCCAUUGCUACAGCAGCUCGAGGAGAAGCAGCCCAGCUGGGACACAAGGUCACACAGCUGGCGAGUUACUUCGAACCCUUGAUCUUAGCUGCAGUCGGUGUGGCAUCUAAGAUUCUAGAUCAUCAACAGCAGAUGACGGUAUUGGACCAGACCAAGACACUGGCGGAGUCUGCUCUACAGAUGUUGUAUGCUGCCAAAGAAGGUGGAGGCAACCCUAAGGCACAGCACACCCAUGAUGCCAUCACAGAGGCCGCCCAGCUGAUGAAGGAAGCUGUGGAUGAUAUUAUGGUCACCUUGAAUGAAGCUGCCAGUGAAGUUGGAAUGGUGGGAGGAAUGGUGGAUGCAAUUGCAGAAGCCAUGAGCAAGCUGGAUGAAGGCACUCCUCCAGAACCAAAGGGAACUUUUGUUGACUACCAGACAACAGUGGUGAAAUAUUCCAAAGCCAUUGCUAUAACUGCACAAGAAAUGAUGACUAAGUCGGUUACUAACCCGGAGGAGUUGGGAGGACUUGCUUCACAAAUGACCAGUGACUAUGGGCAUUUGGCUUUCCAGGGCCAGAUGGCAGCAGCUACAGCUGAACCAGAAGAGAUUGGAUUCCAGAUCCGGACCCGUGUUCAGGAUCUCGGCCAUGGCUGUAUCUUCCUCGUCCAGAAGGCAGGAGCUCUUCAGGUCUGCCCCACUGACAGUUACACCAAGAGGGAGCUGAUAGAGUGUGCCCGCUCAGUCACUGAAAAGGUUUCUUUGGUUCUGUCUGCCCUCCAAGCAGGGAAUAAAGGGACUCAGGCUUGCAUCACAGCGGCCAGUGCUGUGUCAGGCAUCAUUGCUGAUCUGGACACCACCAUCAUGUUUGCAACAGCUGGGACCCUCAAUGCCGAGAACAAUGAAACCUUUGCAGACCACAGGGAGAACAUUUUGAAGACGGCAAAGGCCUUGGUGGAGGAUACAAAACUGCUGGUGUCGGGGGCUGCUUCCACUCAAGAUAAACUGGCCCAGGCAGCUGAGUCAUCGGCAGCCACCAUCACCCAACUUGCCGAGGUGGUGAAGCUAGGAGCAGCCAGCCUGGGGUCUGAUGAUCCUGAGACCCAGGUGGUCCUGAUCAAUGCCAUCAAAGAUGUGGCCAAGGCCCUUUCUGAUCUCAUUGGUGCUACUAAAGGAGCUGCCAGCAAGCCGGCCGAUGAUCCAUCCAUGUACCAGCUCAAGGGUGCAGCCAAGGUGAUGGUAACAAAUGUCACAUCUCUUCUGAAGACAGUGAAAGCCGUGGAGGAUGAAGCUACCAGAGGCACCAGGGCUCUGGAAGCCACCAUUGAGUACAUAAAACAAGAGCUGACGGUGUUUCAGUCAAAGGAGGUACCAGAAAAGACAUCAUCACCUGAAGAAUCGAUAAGGAUGACGAAAGGCAUCACUAUGGCAACAGCCAAAGCUGUGGCCGCCGGGAACUCGUGCAGACAGGAGGAUGUGAUUGCUACUGCAAAUCUGAGCCGAAAAGCAGUGUCUGACAUGUUAACAGCUUGUAAGCAAGCUUCAUAUCAUGCUGAUGUUGCUGAAGAUGUGAAAGCCCGAGCUUUGCGAUAUGGAACUGAAUGCACCUUAGGAUACCUGGAUCUAUUGGAACAUGUCCUUGUGAUUCUUCAGAAACCAACACCAGAACUAAAGCAUCAGUUGGCAGCUUUCUCUAAGCGAGUGGCAGGUGCUGUGACCGAGCUCAUCCAGGCAGCAGAAGCCAUGAAAGGUACGGAGUGGGUAGAUCCGGAAGACCCGACAGUCAUUGCUGAAACCGAAUUACUGGGGGCUGCAGCAUCAAUUGAGGCUGCAGCUAAGAAGUUAGAACAACUGAAGCCAAGAGCUAAACCAAAACAAGCAGAUGAGACUCUGGAUUUUGAAGAACAGAUCUUAGAAGCGGCCAAAUCCAUUGCAGCAGCCACGAGUGCCCUUGUCAAGUCAGCUUCGGCCGCCCAGAGAGAGCUGGUGGCCCAAGGGAAGGUUGGCGCAAUCCCCGCAAAUGCUGCUGAUGACGGACAAUGGUCUCAGGGACUAAUUUCUGCUGCCAGGAUGGUGGCGGCAGCAACCAGUAGCCUGUGUGAAGCCGCCAAUGCCUCUGUUCAGGGCCAUGCCAGUGAGGAAAAGCUUAUCUCCUCCGCCAAGCAAGUUGCAGCUUCCACAGCCCAGCUGCUUGUGGCUUGUAAGGUGAAGGCUGACCAAGACUCUGAGGCCAUGCGGAGGCUACAGGCUGCAGGAAAUGCUGUGAAAAGAGCAUCUGACAAUCUUGUGCGUGCAGCGCAGAAAGCAGCCUUUGGCAAAGCUGAUGAUGAUGAUGUGGUGGUGAAGACAAAGUUUGUGGGGGGCAUUGCUCAGAUCAUUGCUGCCCAAGAGGAAAUGCUGAAGAAAGAGCGAGAACUAGAAGAAGCGAGGAAAAAACUGGCUCAGAUCCGCCAGCAGCAGUACAAAUUCCUCCCCACAGAGCUGAGAGAGGAUGAGGGGGCUAAAGCCCAGAGCUGAGGUCGAAAGCCCAAGGGGCCACUGUAGAAAGAACCGAACUGACAUCCUUCUAAUGGGCCAUGGGCUUACCUGGAAACUGCCUGCAGGUGCUCAGAGGAGCACCAGACAAAUGUUUAUGUUCUUGUUCAUCUGUACAGCAAAAGCU